AUGACUAUUGCUAGUCUGUUAUUAUUUUUCAUUCUUUUUUUCUUUUUACUAUCUUUUUUAUUUUUUCCUCUUUUCAUUUAUUCUUUUACUUUUCUAAUUUUUUCUCCUUCUCUUGUUCUUCUUAUCUUUCAUUUAUUUAUCAUCUAUCUUUCGUUUAUUCAUCUUGCCUCUUAUAAUAUUCAUCUUCAAUCUUGGUCAUCUUCCUUAUCUUUCAUUUACCCAUCUUCAUUCUUUCUACUCAUCUUCUGCUUUAUCUUUCAUUUAUUCAGCUUCCUUCUUUUCUUCUUCCCCCAUUAUUUCUUUUUCCUCUUCUUUCUCUCUAUGUUACACUUUCUUCUUUUUCUUUUUUUUAUAUUAUUCUCAUUUCUUUCAUUACUCUCCUCACUCUCUUUUCUUUUCAGUUUUUUCUCUCUUCCUCCCCAGCUUUGUCCCUUUUCUUCUCUCUCUCUCUCUUAA